GUCCCGUCCCCCCCGUCCCGGGCCCUCCCCGGGGGAGGCGCUCGGGGCCCGCGCCCGCCAUGUUUCCCGGCAGCGCUCCCUGCCCGCCGCCCGCCUGAGCCUCCCGGGGCCGGCCCGGCCCGGCCCGGGGCCGCCCGCCCUCCUCCGCCGCCGGGACGCUCGAUCGACAGCAGCUCCCGAAGGUUUGUCCGUGUGGCAGCGGGCGCCAGGCGGGACCCCCGCAGCAUCCACCGCUACCGGGGCUCCCUGACUGCGAGUGCCCGAGGAGAGGCCGGUUCGGGCCGGGAGGAUCCCGGUGUGGCGAUGGGAGCGCUGGUCUGAGCCCUGCGAGGGACCCCCGGGUGCAGAGCCGAAACCCGCAUCCCCCAGCUGAGAACGAGCAGGGAUAAACCAGAGGUGAUCCGGUUCUGUCCCACGGGAGCGCUCCUAGCAGGCUCGGUGCCUCGGAGGGGGUGAGGAUGGCUCAGGAGACGAACCAGACGCAGGUGCCUCUGCUGUGUACCACGGGCUGUGGGUUCUAUGGCAGCCCCCGGACCAACGGGAUGUGCUCCGUGUGCUAUAAGGAGUUCCUGCAGAGGCAGCAGAGCAGUGACCGGAUAAGCCCUCCAGCACCCAGUGGUCCCAGCAGCAGCCCCAUGGCAUCUGAGGCGAUCGCAGGACAGCACGCGGAGGGAGACUCCACACCUGAGGAUGCGAAAGCCAGUGCUCAGACUCCUGUGACCCAUCAGAUGACAGCCAUGAGCAUAUCCAGAGAGGAAACCAGCAAUGAGGCAGAGGAAUUCAGCAAGACAGAUGAAGCCUCAUCAGCUUCUUCUUCAUCAGGUACCCUGCUUGAGAUAUCCCAGAACACGGCUGAGGGCAAGACGGCUUCGGAAAAACCAAAACCGAAGAAGAAUCGCUGCUUCACCUGCCGGAAGAAGAUUGGGCUGACUGGCUUUGACUGCCGCUGCGGGAACCUGUUCUGUGCCAUUCACCGGUACUCUGACAUGCACGCCUGCCCCUACGACUACAAGGCAGAAGCUGCCGAGAAGAUCCGCAAGGAAAACCCCAUCGUUAUCGCCGAGAAGAUCCAGAAAUUGUGAAGGGGUCUGAGCAGCUGGAACUGCAGCCAGGCUGCCUGGUGCUCCUCCCCUUCCUCCCAGCCUUCCUCCUCCUCCUCCCAGCCCCUGCGGCGGUGCGAGGCUGACUCCGGCAGCGCACACAAACUGGCACCUGGACAUGGGGACUCCUCGCACCUCUGGCAGUCAGUUGGUGUUCCUCCUCUCCCUUCCUGCCUGUCUGACAGCCACAGCUCAGCUGAUGUGUUCUCAACCAGCUUCUCAAAGGAAAAGGGACCGUCCUGCCCCGCUGCUCCAGCGCUGAGACCUUCGGACUUGCCUCUUGCCGGGCGGUUUGCACGGUGUGAGCGGCCGGGCCCUGCCAGGCAGCCUUUCCCUUCCUGGCAGCUCCGACUCCUGCAAACCAGCCAGGACUUGUGGCUGCAGUCCCUGAGCAGCUGCUGGACUCUGGUCCCUCUGCCUGUAACCCCGGGAGCUGGGGGAUCCUGGCAGCCAGGCUGCCAUCUGCUCCCCGGGAGGUGUUUGCUCUCACAUGCAGAGAAGUUGAUUCUGUAGUUCCAACACCCCAGACCCCUCUCCCCACCCUUUGUUGACGCUGUUGGAGAAGCUCCAAAGGGGCUGAGCAGUGAUGCUGGCACAGGGAAGUCACUUUGUGGCGUGAAGAGGGCGGGGCAGGACCUUUCAGGAGGUUCUGCUUGCUGCCUUGUGCCUCUCUGUGCAGUGAGGGAGCCAGGGACACCCCUGCUCCAGCCUCCUGCUUCAGCACCCCUGGAUAACCCCAGCUGCUUUCCCAGCAAGGUGUGUGUCCCUCAGCGCUGCCUGUGCCUGCUCUUCUCCCGUCUUGCCCCUUUCUCCUCUCCCUUCUCUCCUCUCUCCCUGCCUUCUGCCUUACACAAGUCGCUCUCAUCAGGGUUGUGCACAAAGCUCAGGUCCCCACACCUCUGCUUCUGGACCUGUCCCUGCAUCCAGGUGACAGUGGGGUCCCCUCCUCCCAUGUGGGCCAUGCUGAUGCUGGGGAGAGCUCGGGGAGCCCACCCAGCUGCCCUCUCCUGCCUCCGCCCUCCCUGUGGGAUGAGAGGUGGGGCCAGGUCCCCAGGAGAUGCUCUGUAAGCCAGACAGAAGGAACUGGGGCACAGAGAAAGUCACAAGAAGGGGCCCAGAGUGCCCAGAAGUCUGGGUGGGGGCUCAGAAACACCCAUGGAAUGACCCGGGGGCAGGGAGGGGUGCUUGGAGGGCUCUGGGCUCACUGAGAGACACAGAAUUCCCUAAGGUGCUGGAAGGCCCAGGGAGGGCUCCAGGGUGCAAGAGAAGGCAGAAGGAGAACUUUGGGGUACAGUGAGCAUGCUCAGAGGCCUCAAGCAUCCCAAAAGGCACUUGGAAGGCUCUGGGGGUGCACACACACAUACACACACAGUGAUGGGAGGUGCAGGAAAAGCCCAAUGCCAUCUCAGAACCACUCCAGAAAGAGCACCCGGAGAGCUCUGUUGGGAGAACCUGGGGCUCAGGGAUGCAGCAUAAGAUGGGCUCCUGAGGCACAGCCACGGCUGAUUCCAUGCCCAGGGGAUUCCUGGGAACACCAGGAGCAGGGCUGUGGCCAUGGGGCUCUGGCUCUCACAAGCAGAGAAUCCUGGACAUGUCCCAGGGGACAAGCAGCAGCCUCUGUCCCACUGCUGGCUAUCCCACGCUUCGGAAGCUUUUCCCUGGGUGUUGGAGAGCAGAGCUGCGGGGCCCAGCUGGGGAUCACAGCAGCUCCUUCCUUCCAAGAGCUGUUUUCCUGCCCUGCUUGUAGCAGCUCUGCCCAGGUGCUGGUGGGGGAUCCUUCCGAGUGUUUGGUUUUUCCAGUCUGCUCCAGCCAAAGCAGUGUGUGCUCUGCCAGCUGCCAUCCUGAGGUGCCACCGGUAGCAUCUGAGCCUCCCAACCUGAUGCAAAGCCCCCCUCCAGCACAGAGAGGAGCGAGGCUGCCUCUCGCCAGCCUUUUCCUCAGGUUUUUCCUUCUGGAUAACAUUGAUGUGUCUGGAGCACGCAAGUGGCUGCAUGUGUUACCCCUGGACACACCUGGGCCAUCAGCACGGAGCUGGUGGCUGGGUUUGCCACUGAGCUUUUGGCUGAGGAUGAUCCCUCACUCUCGGGGGAAGCAGGAAUUGCAGCCAUCAGCCUGAGGAAGUGCAGCAGCUCCCAUGGAUCCGUUGGGAAAGCCUACAGCCACCUGCUUCUCCAGCACUGCCCUUUUCCCUGUUCCUUCCUCCCUGUCCAUGAGUGUAAAUACAACACAGUCUAGUUUGCUUGGA